GGGUGUCCAGUCCGCGCCGGCCGUGCCGGGCCACGCCUUGUGGCUUGAGCAGUUGGUGAAAGUGCAACACACACACACCGACAAAGUGUUCAUCAGAAUCUGUCGCGCUUCUGGCCUCUGCACCUGGUUUGCACAGAACCGCGGGUCUCACGCUCGCGAGACACCCACAUCCGGGAACAGAAUGCCAGCCAACCAGCGUCUCCGGAACUGGUCUCCCCCCGCCCCUUGUUUACCGGACCCAGAGUCACGUCAUUUGUUUCUGCCGCCCCGCCCCCUGCCUUUCUGCCGGAAGUUAUUCCUAAGGCGGAACCGGAAGCUCCUCUUUGUGCUCGGUGCAACGUCCGGCGUGGCGGAAAGGAGCGGUGCGAUGGCGGAUUGGACUCGCGCUCAAAGCCCUGGUGCUGUGGAGGAGAUUCUAGACAGAGAGAACAAGCGAAUGGCUGACAGCUUGGCCUCCAAGGUUACCAGGCUCAAAUCGCUUGCCCUAGACAUCGAUAGGGACACAGAAGACCAGAACCGAUACCUGGAUGGCAUGGACUCAGAUUUCAUGAGCGUGACUGGCCUGCUCACAGGGAGUGUGAAGCGCUUUUCCACAGUGGCACGAUCUGGGCGUGACAACCGAAAGCUUCUGUGUGGUAUGGCGGUGGGCCUGAUCGUGGCCUUCUUCAUCCUUUCCUACCUCUUGUCGAGGGCAAGGACGUGAACCAAUGGGAGCCAAGGGCAGCCAGGCUCUUUACCACCUGGUUAUCCUGGUUUCCUGAGGACCUGACUACAAAAUACUCCUUUGAAAUUACCAUCAUGGGUCAAGCAUCUUCCUAAGUGGGGAGAACUACAGCUGCCUCUGACAGAAGGACCUCAUGUUGGAUUGUCCUGUGUAUGAAAGAGGAAACAAAGGCUUAACCCCACUCCUCCCUGGUGCUAGAGACACUGGCAGAACCAGGGUCACUUUGUGUCAGGAUGAGCCAGGUCUGAGCACAGCAUCUGUGAAUCCUGAAUGUGUCCCCUGUGGCCAACAGCCCCUUUCUUGUGCCUCAAAAGCCAGUAUCUUAAGGUUCUUCUGUCUUGUCUGUGCUUGGGAAAGACCGUAUCUAUAUCUGAGGAACCUGGAGCUGACACCAAAAGUGGCUCUGGCCAUGAGCCCUUUCUGAGAGUCCUCAGGAUGGAUGUGGUAGUAACUAUGGGCUGAGCAGGAGUGGACCUUUGCAGGCCAAGAAUUUUCUGGCUGAAGCCAGAUCCUAGGGAAGGAGCAGGCUCUGAAGAGGUGGACUACAGCCUUGGCUAGAAGCACUGGCCAAGAUCCUUCUGGGCCCAAAGACCAUGGUCCAGGAGCAGAGAUGACCUUGAGAUUGAGGAUCUCCCCAUUGCCAAAGAUGUAUUCAUCCGCAGGCAAACAGACCCAGAAACAGUACAGUCUGAGUUUUCAGAAUCAGGCAGUACUGGGAUAGUCGUUCCUGCCGAAGGUCCCUGUAGAGCCGGGGGCCAUCUGUGAAAGUAGCCAUUAUAUUUUUAGUGCGAACUUUUGCCCUUGUACUAUACCCUGUACUACCUUGUGUAGCCAGUCUCCUCCCCUCAGUGUGUGGAGCUUAGUCACCUCUUUGUUGCAUUCCUCUGCAGAAUUCCCUCCUACCUGCCUCUUAGGGCCCUCCCUUCUUCCUUGGCCAGUCCCAUGCUCAUACAAACUGAACUGUGGAUCUGACAGGGGUUAACAGUUUUUGAGAACCUAGCACUUCUGUCUUCACAUAAAAUGUCUUUAAGAAAUGAACAGUUAGCUGUGAGUGGUUUUGCAUGCCUUUAAUCCCAGCACUAGAGGCAGAUGGAUCUCUGUUAGUUCAAGGCCAGCCUAGUCUCCAUAGUGAAUCCAGGCCAGUUGUGGCUACAGGGUGACCCUGUCUCAAAAAGACCAAAAAAGAAAUGAACAGUGCAGUUCUGUGCCCUUCUCUGACCUUAUUCUGAUCUGUCUCCUCAUCACUCUCCCUCCUUGAGGACUGUUGGCUUACUGUCCACUCACAUGGCUAUACCAUGAUGCUGUCUAGAACCACUACCUCUGAUUUCUAAGUUAACCUAGAUUCUACCAUAACCUGGCCUCUUAGUGCCUAUGCCUUGCUCCAACACUAGGCACCCUCCUCUUCUUCCUUUAUUGAGCAGCCUUUCUGUGUGUCCACAUUGACCAUAGUCUCCUUUUCUCAUUUGGCCCUUUGAUUGUGUCUGCCUGAGCCUGUAAGCCUUCUGGAGGAGGGAGAAGGGCCAACCUCUGUUUUGACCCCUCUCCCUCCAGUGCAGCCCAUUUCACACUGCCUCUCUGUGGCAUUGCUGUUUGACACUAACAGCUGGGCUCAUCUAGCUUGUUCCUCCUCCUUAGGUGUCCCUUUACAGGCCCUUCAUCUUUGACUCCUGAUAUCCUACGGACCAGGGCUUUGGUUUAGCCUUCUGUUUGUCACCAAGCAUGGUAAUAGCUGCCUGCAUCAUUCCUCCCUCUGGUCCCUGCAGCAGGCUUGUUCAUGCUUCAGGUUUGUCUCCUCUGCCUUCCUGGCCAUGCACUGUUGACUUGUACUUUCUAGGAAUGAACCCCAGGGUAUUUUGUUGUUUCUUUGGAUAGUGUCUUGCUAUGUGUCUUCUCUGAAAAUAUGUGGCCUAGGCUGGCCCUCAACUGGUAAUCCUCCAGCCUUAGCCUCCUGAGUGCUGGUAUUGUGACUUCCCAAGGCACUUUCCACAGCCAGUCCCUGCUCAUCUUGCUAGUGCCAACUAGGUCUAAAUUUCGUUAUUUGGAGAUGACACUGUCUGGAGCAGUGCCCUUGCCAUCCUCUCUGAGACACCCCCCCACCCCCAGCAUGUCUGGUUCUCUCCUCAAGACUCUACCUUACUCUCAUAGAUCUCAAGCCUCCAGCUGCUUGAGGGUCUGAGUUGUAAUUCUUGUCUAGUUUAGCUUUUGUUCUCUUUUUAUGAAUCAUGGCACCAUCUCCAUAGUCACCAGGUCAGACCAACUUCCUGAAUGUCCUAACCAUAGCCUUUAGCUCAGUCCUGUGUACCUGGCACCUGACCUAAUGGAUAGGUGGGCUUCCAACAUGUUCUUCAACACCAGAAAGCCCUUGGUGCUCAAUGUGAGCAGUUGUGAGAAUGAGUUGGCAGACUCUUAGCAAUAAAGUCUUGGUAUCAGUA